AUGCUUUCCAUAACCUUGGCCCAUUCUCCCUCCUUCCAUCACCCUGCCCCAUUCUCCCUCCUUCUAUCACCCCGCCCCAUUCUCACGCUUUCCAUCACCCCGCCCCAUUCUCCCGCUUUCCAUCAACCUGCCCCAUUUUCGCGCUUUCCAUCACCCCACCCCAUUCUCCCGCUUUCCAUCACCCCGCCCCAUUCUCCUGCUUUCCAUCACCCCGCCCCAUUCUCCCGCUUUCCAUCACCCCGGCCCAUUCUCCCACUUUCCAUCACCCCGACCCAUUCUCCCACUUUCCAUCAACCCGCCCCAUUCUCCCGCUUUCCAUCUCCCCGCCCCAUUCUCCCACUUUCCAUCACCUCGCCUCAUUCUCCCGUUUUCCAUCACCUCGCACCAUUCUCCCGCUUUCCAUCACCUCGCCCCAUUCUCCCUCCUUCCAUCACCCCGCCCCAUUCUCCCGCUUUCCAUCACAAUGCGCCAUCCUCCCGCUUUCCAUCACCCCGCCCCAUUCUCCCUCCUUCCAUCACCCCGUCCCAUUUUCCCGCUUCCCAUCACCCCGCCCCAUUCUCCCGCUUUCCAUCACCCCGCCCCAUUCUCCCGCUUUCCAUCACCCCGCCCCAUUCUCCCGCUUUCCAUUACCCCGCCCCAUUCUCCCUCCUUCCAUCACCCCGCCCCAUUCUCCCACCUUCCAUCACCCCGCCCCAUUCUCCCGCUUUCCAUCACCCCACCCCAUUCUCCCGCUUUCCAUCACCCUGCCCCAUUCUCCCGCUUUCCAUCACCCCGCCCCAUUCUCCCACUUUCCAUCAACCCACCCCAUUCUCCCGCUUUCCAUCACCCCGCCCUAUUCUCCCGCUUUCGAUCACCUCGCCUCAUUCUCCCGCUUUCCAUCACCCCGCACCAUUCUCCCCCUUUCCAUCACCUCGCCCCAUUCUCCCUCCUUCCAUCACCCCACCCCAUUCUCCCGCUUUCCGUCACCCCGCCCCGUUCUCCCGCUUUCCAUCAACCCGCCCCAUUCUCUCACUCCCGCCCCAUUCUCCCUCUUUCCAUCACCCCGUUCCAUUCUCCCUCCUUCCAUCACCCCGUCCCAUUCUCCCGCUUUCCAUCACCUCGCCCCAUUCUCCCGCUUUCCAUCACCCUGCCCCAUUCCCCCCACUUUCCAUCACCCCACCCCGUUCUCUCUACUUCUAUUACCCCGCCCCAUUCUCCCGCUUUCCAUCACCCCGCCCCAUUCCCCCGCUUUCCAUCACCCACCCCAUUCUCGCGCUUUCCAUCACCCCGCCCCAUCCUCCCGCUUUCCAUCACCUCGCCUCAUACUCCCGCUUUCCAUCACCCCGCCCCAUUCUCCCUCCUUCCAUCACCACGCCCCAUUCUCCCUCCUUCCAUCACCCCGCCCCAUUCUCCCGCUUUCCAUCACACCGCCCCAUUCUCCCGCUUUCCAUCACCCCGCCCCAUUCUCCCUCCUUCCAUCACCCCGCCCCAUUUUCCUGCUUUCCAUCACCCCACCCCAUUCUCCCACUUUCCAUCACCCCGCCCAAUUCUCCCGCUUUCCAUCAUCCCGCCCCAUUCUCCUGCUUUCCAUCACCCCGCCCCAUUCUGCCACUUUCCAUCACCUCGCCCCAUUCUCCCGCUUUCCAUCACCCCGCCUCAUUCUUCCGCUUUCCAUCACCCCGGCCCAUUCUCCCGCUUUCCAUCACCCCGCCCAAUUCUCCCGCUUUCCAUCACCCCGCCCCAUUCUCCUACUUUCCAUCACCCCGCCCCAUUCUCCCGCUUUCCAUCACCCCGCCCCAUUCUCCCGCUUUCCAUCACCCCGCCCCAUUCUCCCGCUUUCCAUCACCCCGCCCCAUUCUCCGUCCUUCCAUCACCCUGCCCUAUUCUCCCACCUUCCAUCACCCCGCCCCAUUCUCCCGCUUUCCAUCACCCCGCCCCAUUCUCCCACUUUCCAUCACCCCGCCCCAUUCUCCCGCUUUCCAUCACCGGCCCCAUUCUCCCACUUUCCAUCAACCUGCCCGAUUCUCCCGCUUUCCAUCACCUCGCCUCAUUCUCCCGCUUUCCAUAACCCGGCACCAUUCUCCCGCUUUCCAUCACCUCGCCCCAUUCUCUCUCCUUCCAUCACCCCGCCCCAUUCUCCCGCUUUCCAUCACAACGCCCCAUACUCCCGCUUUCCAUCACCCCGCCCCAUUCUCCCUCCUUCCAUCACCCCGCUCCAUUUUCCCGCUUUCCAUCACCCCGCCCCAUUCUCCCGCUUUCCAUCACCCCACUCCAUUCUCCCGCUUUCCAUCACCCCGCAGCAUUCUCCCGCUUUCCGUCACCCCGCCCCAUUCUCCCGCUUUCCAUCACCUCGCCCCAUUCUCCCGCUUUCCAUCACCCCACCCCAUUCUCCCUCCUUCCAUUACCCCGCCCCAUUCUCCCGCUUUCCAUCACCCCGCCCCAUUCUCCCGCUUUCCAUCACCCACCCCAUUCUCCCGCUUUCCAUCACCCCGCCCUUUUCUCCCGCAUUCCAUCACCCCGACUCAUUUUCCCGCUUUCCAUCACUCCGCCCCAUUCUCCCGCUUUCCAUCACCCCGCCCCAUUCUCCCGCUUUCCAUCACCCCACCCCAUACUCCCGCUUUCCAUCACCCCGGCCCAUUCUCCCUCCUUCCAUCACCCCGCCCCAUUCUCCCUCCUUCCAUCACCCCUCCCCAUUCUCCCGCUUUCGAUCACAACGCCACAUUCUCCCCUUUCCAUCACCCCGCCCCAUUCUCCCCCUUUCCAUCACCCCGCCCUAUUCUCCCGCUUUCCAUCACCCCGCCUGAUUCUCCCGCUUUCCAUCACCCCGCCCCAUUCUCCCGCUUUCCAUCACCCCGGCCCAUUCUCCCGCUUUCCAUCACCCCGCCCCAUUCUCCCGCUUUCCAUCACCCCGCCCCAUUCUCCCGCUUUCCAUCACCCUGCCCCAUUCUCCCACUUUCCAUCAACCUGACCCAUUCUCCCGCUUUCCAUCACCUCGCCCCAUUCUCCCUCCUUCCAUCACCCCACCCCAUUCUCACGCUUUCCAUCACCCUGCCCCAUUCCCCCGUUUUCCAUCACCCCGCCCAUUCUCCGACUUUCCAUCACCCCACCCCAUUCUCCCUCCUUCCAUUACCCUGCCCCAUUCUCGCGCUUUCCAUCACCCGCCCCAUUCUCCCGCAUUCCAUCAUCCCCACUCAUUUUCCCGCUUUCCAUUACUCCGCCCCAUUCUCCCGCUUUCCAUCACCCCGCCCCAUUCUCCCGCAUUCCAUUAUCCCCACUCAUUUUUCCGCUUUCCAUUACUCCGCCCCAUUCUCCCGCUUUCCAUCACCCCGCCCCAUUCUCCCGCUUUCCAUCACCCCGCCCCAUUCUCCCGCUUUCCAUCACCCCGCCCCAUUCUCCCGCUUUCCAUCACCCCGCCCCAUUCUCCCUCUUUCCAUCACCCCGCACCAUUCUCCCGCUUUCCAUCACCUCGCCCCAUUCUCCCUCCUUCCAUCACCCCACCCCAUUCUCCCGCUUUCCGUCACCCCGCCCCAUUCUCCCACUUUCCAUCACCCCGCCCCAUUCUCCCACUUUCCAUCACCCCACCCCAUUCUCCCUCUUUCCAUUACCCCGCCCCAUUCUCCCGCUUUCCAUCACCCCGCCCCAUUCUCCCGCAUUCCAUCACCCGACUCAUUUCCCGCUUUCCAUCACUCCGCCCCAUUCUCUCGCUUUCCAUGA